AUGUACAAGUUCAAGAACAAAUUACGAAAAGGACAAGAGUCCUGGCGUCGAUACGUAUUUAAAGAGAAGCAUAUCAAACAAUUGGACAGGAACGCAGAAAUGAAGGUUCUCGUUAUAUUGACGGUGUUGUGUCUCUCUGUUGGAUAUGGAUACAGUUGUACAUGCGUCGGUGUUCCAACAAAUGGCUGCGAUUCCGAUUAUUCAAUUUUGGGUACUGUGAUAGGAGUGCAGCCACUCGGAACACCCCCAAAUGACGAAAGAAUUUACACUGUCUUGGUGCAAAGGAUAUAUAAGACAGAUCGACCACUCUCCUUCAUUUUGCAAAUACGUGCAUACGUGGAGGGAUCCCUCUGUGGUUUACUUUUGACUCCAGGGAGACAAUACGUGAUAUCAGGAUACUACAGGAAUUCCAUGAUGUGGACUAACGCCUGUUUGUACACUCGUCUCUUUAGCCAGAUUCCUCUCAACGAAAAAUUAAAUCUGGAUUGUUAUAAUCGUCCGCGCUAUUAACCCUGAUCGAAGAAGG